CCAUCCCAGUGUUCGGUGCUACGUAGUUCUUGUUUAAGGAAAUUAUAGUUCAUUGAUUCACCAUGGGGCUGCCUCAACUAGACACCUGUUGUUUUGUCCUCGACUUGAAAACUGGGAAUAUUAUCAUGGGAUGUAUAAACGCGGUGCUCUCAUUCGUGAUGUUCGUAAUUAUGGUGGUGGUGGCGUGCACGCUGGAACCUAUCAAGGAAUUAGCGGCGGAAGAGCAGGACUUUGACGCCGAAGCUGCCUUCACCGGCCUCUACGCGAUGUCGAUCAUUCUGUGUCUUAUGUUCCUUGCCAAGUUCUGCUUCGAUGUGUUCUUCGUUUAUGGUGUUCUAGCGGAGCGUGCUGGUGUCAUAAGGGCGUACUUCAUAAUGUGGGUGGUGUUUUUCCUCCUGUCCAUGUUCACUUUCUUCCUGAACGCUCCACACUACAGCGCUGGGCACAUUUGCAUGGAAGUCUUUUAUAUUGGUCUCAAUAUUUAUGCAAUUCUGAUAAGUCACAGUUUCUACAAGCUAUUAAAUAGUCGAGAAGAAGUUUAAAAUCCUAGAUUAAUAUUUCUAAUUCUGUUCUUUUUUUUUUUUUGACUGACAUGAGUCCGAUCUUGCUCCGAUCUUACGAGUAUUUGCGUUGCAUUGAUGACUCCUGGCUCAUAAUAUUAUCAUAGUUACAAUUCUUCUACAAAAAAGAAGCAAGAUUCAAUCAGCGAGAAGAAUCAUAUAAGAUUUUCCCCUGUGGAAUAAUAUUCUUCUUUGAAUUCAUACUGGUAUAUUAAA